GGCAUUGAUCACACUGUAAUUUGUACAUUUAUUGAUCCUGGUGUCUGGGGGAUUGAUUACGUUUAAAGUUAUCAAAGUGACUAGUUUAGUUUAGUUAAGUUUCUCCACCUGAGUCUCCAUCUGAGUUUGUCAGCUGUGUGUCUGCUCGGUAGCUUUUAAGGAAACCCAUUGACAGAAAAAAAGUGGCCAAAUAAAACCGGACUGCCCAAUCCGAGAAGACAAAUACUCACCCAGAUGAGACGAGUUUGGGACAUCGCUGAGUGCUCCAACCAACAUGGAGAUUUGUGUGUGUGUGUUGUUACGUUAUAGUAACAUGUAUGAGUGAAAAUGUCUUAGAACAUUCAUGUGAGCGUGUGCAUGUGAAAGGUGAAGUAGUGUGAGUGCGAGCGGGGUCUGAUGGCGUUCACCAUGUCUGACGAGGACGAGACUAACUGCACCAUCAGCCAUGAAAUCCACCAGUACCUCUUCUCCUCGGUGUAUAUACUCGUACUAGUGGUCGGCAUUCCCUCCAACCUGUACUCUUUGUACCACGCUGCUCUGCAACUGAAGCAGAAGAAUGAGCUGGGAGUUUAUUUAAUUAACCUUACUGUGUCGGAUCUGUUAUACCUGGCAUCAUUACCCCUGUGGCUACAGUACUUCUUUCAGGAUGAUGACUGGAGGCACAGGGAGUGGUUGUGUCAGCUCUGUGGCUUCCUGCUCUAUGAGAACAUUUAUAUCAGCAUUGGUUUCCUGUGCUGUAUCAGCCUGGACCGCUACCUGGCUGUGGUCCACCCGUUAAGGUUCACCUCUCUCCGCUCUAUGAGAGCGGCAUGGCUUGUCAGUGCCAUUAUCUGGCUGAAGGAGAUCGCUGUGGGUGUGGUUUUCUUCCACCAUAAAGAACUGAGCAAAAACCGCAAGAACCAAUCAGUGUGCUUCGAGCACUACCCCAUGCAGCCUUGGGAGUAUCCAAUCAACUAUUACCGCUUCACUAUUGGCUUCAUGUUUCCGCUGGCUAUUUUAUCGAUCAGCUACCUGUGUGUCCUUCGGGCCGUGGGCCGGAGCGCUGGGACGCAGCCGGAUCAGAAGACGAGGAUCAGGCAGUUAGUCAGCAGCACCAUUCUCAUCUUCCUCGUCUGCUUCUCCCCCUACCACAUCUUCCUGUUAGUGCGCACCCUGCUGGAGCGAGACUGCAACUUUAUCACAGGAAUAUUUAACUACUACCACAUGUCACUGUUGCUGACCACCCUGAACUGCGUGGCCGACCCCGCUCUCUACUGCUUCGUAAGCGAAAGUGCCCGCCGUGGCCUGUACAGAGUUAUAUUCCGGCCCGUUGCUCGGAUACUAUGCUGCUGCUUUCGCCGUGGCAACGCCAGCCCCACCAACCCAGCAACCGAUUCCCGCGAGGUCGCCACCGACGAGAACGGCCAGCCGACCGUGAUGCUGCUCACACACACCAGCAACUUAGGACAAACAGACACGUCCAGCAAAAACACAAUUUUAAUCACACAGACUAAUGAAAAGACUAUCAUACCCUUACUUAUAUACAAUAAUAGACACUCUGAGAAAAGUGUGGACAGGGAUGGAAGGCCUAGCUGUGUGAUUGCCAUGGAAGAGCAGAGCAAAAAGACAGAGAGGACUGACGAGACAGACAAGAACACCAGCAAAAACAAUCAGUAAACCAUGCUAGAGUCCUCGGAGCAAUGGGAUUAGACUGCCUGUAAACACUCAAUUGCAGCGGCUUUAAUGAAGCAAUGCUGCCCACCCAGCUGUGUUUACAUCAUCAUCAUCAUCAUCAUCAUCAUCAUCAUCAUCAUCAUCAACAUCAUCAACCAAUGGCAUUGGACUGAAAACAUUUUCUUCUCUCUCUGCAUUGAUUUCAUUGAGCCUUGGUACAAGUAACCUCCACUAUGUGAGAGUUCAACAUGAAUCUGAUGCCCUGUUUCAUUUCUCUGAUGUGUUUUUAGAAAUGGGAGCAAAUUGGAGGUGUAUUUUGAGAUUGACACAAGGUCUGUAUGCGUAAGGAGGUCACAGGUACCUUUAUUUAAUCGGGCAUUUGAGUACCGAACCCUCUGAGGUUUUCUUUAAAACAGUAGUAUUAUGUUACUACUUUCAAAUAAGAUACCUUUUAUAAAAAGUAGUUUUAACUAGUUAUUAAUGAUUUAUAAAUAAGUUACUAAGGCUUUAAAGAUCAAGUAUAAGCUCUCAUUAACUACAAUGUUUGGGUUACCAGCUGUAGCGUAGCCAGAAGUCAUGUUGUGGGUGGGCAGAGAAAAUAUGUGGGCAUGGUAGCUAAUCAUUUUGGUCAGUGCAUGAACACAAUGUGCUAAAUAAGAAAGUGGUAUAUUUAUGGUUCAGCUUUACAAAUAAUUACAUAAUACAUGUAAUGGAUUUACUGAUGUUUGCUGACUUAAGAAGAACAUGUUUCUUUGUUUCUAAUGGGCCACUGAGUAGGGAUUAAAUGUAUUAAAGUGCUCCAUGAAUAUGACCAAAAUCUACCCAUUAGCAACUUUCUACAGUAUUUUGUGGGGCAUAAUGUAACGUCUAUGGAUGGAUUUGAGACUUGUUGACUUGCAUAGUUGAUUGAUUUAAAAAUCUUUUGCUUUCAAGCAAUACUGUGUAACUUUUGCUAAACAGCCAAUGUGGCCGAUUAUUGACAAAAAAAAGAAUAAUGGUAAAUGCUAAAACAGUGUGAUAAAACAGCAGCAAGGUCAUAAACAAGUGGGUCUAAGCUUGCCGUUUGUUAUUUCUUUUGUCAAAAGUUACGCAGGCUUGCUUUAAACAGUACAGUAAUCGUUAACCCCAACUUCAAGGUUUUUAAUAACUUUCAUUGAUAUUAUACAGUAUUUUGUUUAAUUUCUUUGAAAAAAAAAUUAUGUCUUUAAGACAUGAUAAUAUUGUGUAAGCAUAUGGCUUUGAGUGACUUUAAAUUUCCACUUUGGUGUCAGUGAAUGCAGAUUGAUGUACAGCUUGUGACGGGCUUUCUGGUUUUUAAUGUGCAUGCAUCUUUGCUAUGAGAUAAUAAGACUAUUAUUAUUAUAGAUCAUUUUCAAUUGUUAAGAAUCUGUAAGUCCAUCGGUUAUUUAACAAUAAUAUGUUACAACUUUUAGAUCAAAACUUUUGUUUGGAAGUAUAACCAAGUCCAAACUUAAUCUGUUAAAGAACCUUAACAACAUCUUGUUCCACAAUCAUCAUGUUUAAAACUUAAAUAAGUGUUAUAAAAGUAUGAAAUGAUUUUCAAAAUUUCAAAAACAUGAAUUAACUCUGACUUUAUGGUGGAAGAUUUAAUUGUAAAAAGGUUUGCAUAAGCUAAAUUGCUAAAGCUAAACUGAAUUGAUAGCUUAACUGCAUGAGCAGAAGGUGAAGUAGUGAGAAUAGUGUAGUAGAAAAGUGGGAAUGGUUUGGAUUGAAAAGUUGAAUAACACAAACUGAAUUAUUGGCUUUAAAAGUUCAAUAUUGCCAAAAGAUGAUGGACAUUGUAUGGUUUUAAUUUAUUUUCUAGGUGUAAGAAACAUUUAUGAAAAUGCAGAAAUAUGAAACAAUUUGUUGGAAAAAUCUCAAAUGCAUUGCACUGCUGAAAACCUGAAAGUUGAAAUUUAAAACUGUUAGAGUUCAAACCUGAACUGCAUUACCUAAAUAAGCUAAGAGCUGAAAUACCUUGCUUAAAAAGCUGGAAGCUAAACUGGAAUACUGUCAAAAGUGGAAGUUCAAAUUAAUUGACUGAAAAGGCUGGAAGAAGAAAUACGUAUUAUUAUGCGACAUAUCCAUUGCAACGAACAAAAAAGCAUCACCCUAAAAAACUGAAAGGUGAAAUAUGUUGCUUGUAAAAAAAGGGGACUGUAUGAUUUUGCAUUGAAAAAGCUGAUAGAUAAAAUGCAUUAAUUUUCAAAAAAAGAGUUAAGGCAUGGGAAAUGCAGAUGGAUUGAAAGUUUAUAUAUGACCUAAAGUUUACUGAAAUGUAAUUUAAAUUGAAAGUAAGGUCUUUGAAGUAACUUUUAUUUUGAGUAAUA